CGCACGACGCCGGUCCGGCAGGGGCCGAGUGGGAAGGGGCCGGGUGGGGGUGGGGGUGGGGGUGCCGAGGCCAUCCGCGCUCGCUCCCUCCCUCGCGGCCUAGCUGGAGCCUGGGGAGAGUGCCGGGCCCUGCCUGACCCCUUCCCUGGGGGCGCCUGGGCCUGGGGACGGCUGGGGUGGCCCAGGCGGUCUGGUUUCCUGCGUGGAGCGUAGGGAGAGCGGGAGGCCCGCGUCCCCUCGCGCCCGGAGUCCCGAACUGGGGCGGGUGGAGGGGACGCCAGGCCUGGGCGGUCGCUGACUCCUUGGGUGCAGUAAUCCCUUUCGGUCCUGCGGGGCACACCCCGAAAACUACGACUCGCCAACUUCCAGUCUGUGAGUCCCAUCGGGCCGACCCCCGUCCCCCUCCCGCGCCCCCGCCUCCAUAUGCCUAACGCUUCCACCUGCUUCCUGCGGUGAGCCUCCCGCACACGUCCGCACGGAGCCCGGGGUCACCUCCUGUGCAUUAGCCCCAGAGCCUUUCCUCCUUCCCGUCGCUUAGAAAACCCACCUCCUGCCCAGGUGGGAAGGACCCACGCUCUGAAAGCUCCUAGAGCCCUCAGGGCCCUGGAGGAUUUGUGGGCCUUGUGUCAGAGGUCAGAGGUCAGCAGCGGAGGUGCAGAUCCCUGCUGAGUCAUGGGCUUGGGUGGGAUGGGGCCCCUCCCUCCCUUAGGGCAGGCCUGCGGAGGAGGACGACGGGUUCCCCAGAGGGGGCUGGAGAGCGGCCUCUGCCCGGUCCACAGUUCAGGGGUGCGCAAAGUGAAAGGACUAAGGUCAUUGGAUUAUGGAUGUAUUACGGCGUGAGGCCAUGCAGUGGUCACUCAGGAUGGGCACCCCCUUCCUGGUGGGCCCUGGCGGAUGAGCUGGCUCCUUGUUCAUCAUGGGAUUUCCACCCCCACCCCCCACCCCCAUCGCAGGCAGCCUGGACAGGUUGUGUUGAAUCCCCUUCUGAGUAAAGUGCAGGGGGCGGCAUCCCUUCUGUGGUUCCCCACCUUGGGAAGUGCUCCCUCUCAAAUGUAGUGAGCAGGAAAGUGCCCCCAAAGCCCUGCUUGGCCCAACACUGACCCCAUACAGCCAGGUCCACAGUGUCUGCCCAGAACCACCCUCUGUCAGAUACUGUGUAAGACACGCACCCCGGCCCCCAGCCCCGGGGUCAGGCACAGUGGGAGGCCCCACUACAGACAGGCCUGCACCUUGUUCCUUAACGUGGUCCUGCUAUGAGGACAGCAUGGGGAUCCUGUAUGUAACCACACCAGAGGGUGGUGCCCCCAUGAGGGAGCGUCCGAAGAACUUUUCCUUAAUACACCAGGUAGCAUCUGCUGGAUGUGGAUGGGAUGGCACACAGAAGUACCCCCUCCCACCUUUGGGUUAGCUUGUCCCCCACCCCAGGAGGUGGACAGGCCCCCCUACCUAACCUUCACAUCAUGCUCAGCCUGUCACCAAAGGGGGACAGGAAAGUUUCCUCAGGUCACCGCACACAACAGUCUUGGUCCCAAUGUUCCCUGGCUGCCCAGUGACCCCAUCCAGUCGGCGUCACCCGCCGCUCCUGCUGAGCAGGGCACACUGGGGAGUCUUGCAGGACCGGCGUCCAGGAACCCGUGAGCCGGGCGGGAUCUGAAAUCCAGCUCAGUCCCAGCCCCAAGUUGCAGCCCCGGUGGGGUGGGCAGUGCGUGGGGCUCUCCUUCCAGGGUAUCCGGGCAGUUCUGCGAUUGUGGAUCCAAAAGCGGCCCCCACGUGGCCUUCCGGAGCUAAUGGUAGCUCCUCCCAGCCUAGGUCCCCUCGGGCCCUCGGGGAACAGGUGGACUGGAGCGGGCCACGCCUGGCUUGGGUGUCAGUGUGAGGUUGGGGCAAGUGGUGAGGACGGGGAGGCACAUUUGGAGCCCAGGAUGAGCCUGACGGCCACAGCAAAAGGCUCUGAUUUCAUCUGGAACACAGUGAGAAGCAGAGCAUGACCGGGGACUUGGGAAGACCACCGCUGCCCACAUCUGCUGGGGGUUGGGGGGGGGGUGGCGCUUGGGAGAUUUUAUCUGGAAAUAAAUAGUGGCUAAAAACAGUGGAGGGGUGGGCCAGAGGGAAGCAAGUGGUCCCGGUGGGCAGGGGUCAGAGUUGGAAGGGCUGUGAAGUCCGUGAAUGGGCUGUGGGGCUCACGGUGACCCAUAGGAUGGGGUCCCCCAUAGGAAGUUCUUGAGCUUCACGCCGAGUCCUGGGACAAAAGUAGUGACGAGUUUGUGUGCUGAGCUCAUGUUGGGCCAGGUGUGGUAUCAGGUCGACCCUGACAGCUGCAUUUUCCAGUGGAGAUAAUGAGCCAGAGAGGCAGUGAGUGGCCCUGGGUCCCCUCUCAGCCCCCUGCACUGCAGACAGACACAGGCGGGGGGCCACCCGACUGGUCGGUACACACAAUGCCAGAGGCCCACGAAAAUACAUUAAUGCCAAAGGCAGAAGGAAAAAGUGACUAUAAUAAAGAAUCCAGUCUGGAUCGUGUUUUCCUUGUAACAACAAUCAUAAAAUACUGAUUUUCUCCUAUGGAGGAAGGGCCCACAAAGAGGUGCCUGGGUCACAGAGUUCCUAAAAUAACCCCGAGCGGGGUCUGCGUGCAGCCGGAACCCCUGCGGGGAAACCAGGCUGCAAGCACUCCUGAGGUCCUGGCCGGAGCAAGGGCCCAGCCAGCACGGAACAACAUGAGACAGGGCCGGGGGCGGGCCUGUGCCUGGGCGCUCUGCUGGCCUGCCCCAGCUGGGGGGCAGUCUGGGUCCAGGCGUGUCUGGAAGGCCUGCAGUAACGUGUCUCCCCGCCCCUCCCAGGCCGCUGGCCCCGACAUGGCCCGUCGCUCCCAGAGCUCCUCGCAGGGGGACAACCCGCUGGCACCUGGGUACCUGCCGCCUCACUACAAAGAGUACUACCGCCUGGCGGUGGACGCCCUGGCUGAGGGCGGGCCAGAGGCCUACAGCCGCUUCCUGGCGUCCGAGGGGGCACCUGCCUUCCUGUGCCCUGAGGAGCUGGAGCAUGUGAGCCGUCACCUGCGGCCCCCACAGCAUGUUGCUCGAGAGCCCCCUGAAGGCAGUCCUCCCAAUGUGGACAUGGAUGGCUCCUCAGGCACCUACUGGCCCAUGAACUCAGACCAGGCAGUGCCCGAACUCGACCUAGGCUGGCCCCUGACCUUCGGCUUCCAGGGCACUGAGGUUACCACCCUGGUGCAGCCACCACCGCCUGACAGCCCCAGCAUCAAGGAUGAGGCUCGAAGGAUGAUCCGCUCAGCCCAGCAGGUGGUGGCCGUGGUGAUGGACAUGUUCACUGACGUGGACCUGCUUGGGGAGGUGCUGGAGGCAGCGGCACGCCGCGUCCCGGUCUACAUCCUCCUGGAUGAGAUGAACGCGCAGCACUUCCUAGACAUGGCCGACAAGUGCCGUGUCAACCUGCACCACGUGGAUUUCUUGCGUGUGCGCACUGUGGCGGGCCCCACCUACUACUGCCGCACUGGGAAGUCCUUCAAGGGCCACGUGAAGGAGAAGUUCCUGCUGGUGGACUGCGCCGUGGUCAUGAGUGGGAGCUACAGCUUUAUGUGGUCCUUCGAGAAGAUCCACCGAAGCCUGGCGCACGUGUUCCAAGGCGAGCUGGUCUCCAGCUUCGAUGAGGAGUUCCGCAUCCUCUUCGCGCAGUCCGAGCCGCUGGUGCCCUCGGCCGGGGCGCUGGCCCGCAUGGACGCUUACGCCCUGGCUCCGUACGCGGGGGCUGGGCCCCUUAUGGGCGGCCAGGUGACCGGGGCGCCGACCCCUUUCUCCUUCUCUAAGCGAGCGCACCUCCUGUUUCCACCGCCCCGGGAAGAGGGCCUGGGCUUCCCCUCCUUCCUCGACCCCGACCGCCACUUCUUGUCCGCCUUCCGCCGGGAGGAGCCCACGCGGAUGCCCGCGGGAGCCCUGGAGCCGCACGCGGGGCUGCGGCCGCUGUCGCGGCGGCUGGACGCCGAGGCGGGACCGGGCGGGGAGCUCGCGGGCCCGCGGGGCUUCUUCCAGGCCCGGCAUCUGGAGAUGGACGCCUUCAAGCGGCACAGCUACGCGGCCGCCGACGGCGGGGGCGCGGUGGAGAACUUCGCGGCCGCGCGGCAGGUGUCGCGGCAGACGUUCCUCAGCCACGGUGACGACUUCCGCUUCCAGACCAGUCACUUCCACCGCGACCAGCUCUACCAGCAGCAUUACCAGUGGGACCCGCAGCUGGCGCCGGCGCGCCCUCAGGGCCUGUUCGAGAAGCUGCGCGCCGGCCGCCCCGGCUUCGGCGACCACGACGACCUCGCGCUGGGGGGCGGGCCACGCUUCCCCGAGCUCGGCCCGGACGGACACCAGCGGCUGGACUACGUGCCGUCCAGCGCGUCGCGCGAGGUGCGCCACGGCUCGGACCCCGCCUUGGGCCCCGGGCCCCGCGGCCUGGAACCCGGCAGGGCCCCGCGCCCCAACCUUGGCCAGCGCUUCCCGUGCCAGGCGGUGGCGAGGCUGGGCCCGGAGGCCGCGCCCGACGCGGAGCCCGAGCGCAGGGGCGGCCCUGAGGGGCGGGCCGGGCUGCGGCACUGGCGCUUGGCCUCCUACCUGAGCGGCUGCCAUGGCGAGGACGCUGCCGACGAGGGCCUGCCGGUACCCAUGGAGGCCGAGGCCUACGAAGACGAUGUUCUGGUGCCCGGGGGACGAGUGGUCCCCGGGGACCUGCUCCCCUCGGCCUCCCGCGGGCCCGCACUCUUCCCGGCCAAGGGCGGCGGCGACGGCCUGGAGCGCGAGGGCCCGGAGGAGGCGGGCCUGGCCAAGCAGGACUCCUUCCGCUCGCGCCUGAACCCGCUGGUGCAGCGCAGCUCGCGCCUGCGCUCCUCGCUGAUCUUCAGCGCUUCGCAGGCCGAGGGCGCGGGUGGGGCCACGACGGCCACCGCCGAGAAGGUGCAGCUGCUGCACAAGGAGCAGACGGUCAGCGAGACGCUGGGCCCCGGCGGCGAGGCCGUGCGCUCCGCCACCUCCGCCAAGGUGGCUGAGCUCCUGGAGAAAUACAAGGGCCCGGCGCGUGACGCCGGAGGGGCGGGGGCUCCGGUCACAGUCGCCAGCCACAGCAAGGCUGUCGUGUCCCAGGCGUGGCGGGAGGAGGUGGUGGCGCCGGGUGGCGCAGGAAGCGAGCGCAGCAGCCUGGAGAGCUGCCUGCUGGACCUGCGCGACUCCUUCGCACAGCGGCUGCAUCAGGAGGCCGAGAGGCAGCCCGGAGCGGCCACGCUCACUGCCACCCAGCUGCUAGACACGCUGGGCCGGAGCGGCACCGACCGGCUGCCCUCUCGCUACCUUUCUGCCCAGGGCCGUUCCUCCUCCCCACAAGGGCGGGACAGCCCCCCGCUGGAGGGAGGCGCCCGCCAGGCGCCCCACGCUGAGCCGAAAGGGAGCCCCACCUCUGCCUACCCUGAGCCGAAAGGGAGCCCCACCUCGGCCUAUCCCGAGCGCAGGGGCAGCCCCGUGCCUCCUGUGCCAGAGCGCAGGGGCAGCCCCGUGCCCCCCUUGCCGGAGCGCAGGGGCAGCCCCGUGCCCCCCGUGCCCCCCGUGCCGGAGCGCAGAGGCAGCCUCACCCUUACCUUCCCCGGGGAGUCUCCCAAGACUGGGACCGCGGAGGAGCCGGCCGGCGGCCCCAUGGAAGUCCUGCGCAAGGGCUCCCUGCGCCUCCGCCAGCUGCUGAGCCCCAAGGGUGAGCGGCGUACGGAAGAUGAGGGCGGCUUCCCAGCGCCACAGGAGAACGGGCAGCCAGAGAGCCCCCGGCGGCCGUCGCUGGGCAGGGGUGAUAGCGCUGAGGCUGCCGCCGGUGACGAGCGGAGCCCGCGGGCGCGCAUGACCUCCGCCACGGCCAAUGCCUUGUACAGCAGCAACCUGCGGGAUGACACGAAAGCCAUUCUGGAGCAGAUCAGCGCCCACGGCCAGAAGCACCGCGGGGCCCCGGCCCCGGGCCUGACUCACAGCAGUCCCGAACUAGGCCGCUCACCAGCUGCCGGCGGCCUGGCCCCGGACAUGUCCGACAAGGACAAAUGUUCUGCCAUCUUCCGCUCGGACAGCCCGGGGACACAGGGCAGGCUGAGCCGCACGAUGCCCGCCAGCGCGGAGGAGCGCGACCGGCUGCUGCGUCGCAUGGAGAGCAUGCGCAAAGAGAAACGCGUCUACAGCCGAUUCGAGGUCUUCUGCAAGAAGGAAGAGGCCGGGGGCACGGGGGCAGGGGAGGCCCCUGCAGAGGAGGACACCAGGGACAGCAAGGUGGGCAAGUUCAUGCCCAAGAUCCUGGGCACCUUCAAAAGCAAGAAGUGAGUCUUCUGGCCCAGCAGUAGCCCAGGUCCAGGUGCCUGCGUCACUGCCACCCACCAGGCAGAGCACCUGCUCUCACGGGGGGGGGGGGGGGGGGGGCGGGGGGGGGGGGGGGCAGGGCCGCCCGCGGAGCACAGCCUGAGCCUGGCUCCGCCCCGAGCUCACCCAGCGGCGGGCCUGCCUUUUGCCUCUGGCCUCUCCCCUCUGGGGCUCCAGCCCCUCACUGCCCUGCGCCUCCGGCUCCAUGCCCGCCCCUGUGCCCUGAGCCUCCCCCUUCAGAUUCCUCUGCCUCCACCACCUGGUUGAGCUUCAGGUCCCCUAUAGACCUUCAUUCGCCUCAGGGCUUCAUCUCCUUGUGCCUUAGGCCCCCACCUUUUGGGGGGCCCACCUCUUUCUGCCUCGGCCCCCAUCUUCUUGGGGGGCCAUCUAUGCACCUCAGCCCCCCAUUCUUUGGGGGCCUCACGUCUCAGGGCUUCCGUGUCUCAGGGUUCCCCUCUGCUCACUGCCUCCCUGCUCUGCUGCUGCUUGGUCCUCCUUUCCCGGCUCCCGGCAGCCCCAGCCCCUCUCCCUCAGCCUCCCCCCUCCCCAGAGCCCGGUGUGUCCCCCCCCCUCCCCCGGCCCAUCACCAAGACAGGUGGCUCAGGUCUCACUUCCUGCCCUGCUCGCUCUCCUCACUGCCUCCCUCUCUGCCUCCUGGUACCUCCUGGUAGCCGCCCAUCCUCUCCCUGUGGGGACAGAGCUGCCUGUGGGUGACGCGUGUUGGGGGUGGGGCCAGACCCAAAGGCGGUCCCUCAGGAGGCGCCGUCCUGUCUGCUGGGCCACCGGCAGAUGGGGGCACAGAGGAACUGAGAGACCGCCUUGCCAAGAGGACUCAGGCCUGGCCACAUCUGGCCGUGCUCCAGCCAGCACCUGGUGAGGGGUGAGAGCUCCGAGUUUUGCAGCACGAAACCCUUCAGGUGGAUGAGGCCAGCCCGAGAAGGGCUGGAUGUGGAGCGCCAGGCCAGUACUCACGGGUGAGGGUUCUGGUUCAGGUCCCAGCCGACCCCAAGUCCGCCCCGUUCUGGUUCCUUUCUUCUUUGUCACCAACCCACGAGAUCGGAGUUUCCCUGCCGACCUUUCUUGUGUCUUUUUCACCUGUGGAGAGUGACUUUCGUUUGGAAUGACACAUUUUGGCACCAAAUGCUGAGGAAGACCCCUGCUGUAAGUUUUAACAUUGGGCAAUUAGUGUUUGUGCCACAGUUUUGGGGGUUUAAGUAUAAGAAAUGGCAGUCACUCGGACCGGGGAAGGACUGGACACACGAGGUCACUGAGCAAAGGCAGUACUGUGACUCCACGUGGCAGGAGAGGGAGGCUGGGGGGGACAGUUGCUCCUCAGCAGCUCAGUCUGGUUACCAAAGCCACGAGCCAGGUGAGGUGACAGCAGGGACUUGGGGCCAGGCGGAAAAGGUCCCCCAGGAGCCAGAUGCGCUGCGGUGCCCUUGGCCUGGCCGCACUUGCUGAUAAGUCUGCUUGCACCCUCCUGGUGCCGGCCUGUUGCCAAGGGGGAGCCCUGGCAGCCUCCUGUGUGCGUCCCCUGCGUGGUGCCGAAUAACAUCUCAAAUGUGACCCUGCACAUUUGGUGUUAACAAUAAAACACAAGAUUUUCCAACACAUUCCUAA